CUCAACAGCAAGGCCUCGUCAUCAGUUAUUCUCUCAAGCUGAAUUAAGACGUUGGUUUUUGGUUGAAAUAGAACAUUUUAAGCAUGAUGGUCACAAUGUUUUAUAGCAUUCUUUUGUUCUGGUUUUUUACAAACAGACCUCAAUCAACUGUUUGUGAAAUAGUGAGUCCAAGUGUGAUUGUAAAUGGACAAAUAUUUACUGUGACAUGUGACGCGUCACGUGCUGGUGUUCCAGCUACGGCUACCACUAUAACGACGUUGUUCAUAGGAUGGACAGCGCAGACAUCUCAAGAACCUGAAACUUUGGCAAGAUACAGGAUUUAUUUAUCGCCAUACACAUCCCAGCCACAAACUUCCCCUGCAAGAAACUGGACAUUUGCAUUUACUGGAAGCCAACAAGGAACAUCAGAUACACCAAACAACAGGAACACGAUGAAAAUAGAAAUGGUGGUCUAUGAUGCUAAAUGUGCAGAUGCUGGCGUCUACUAUUGUAAUGCCGGGUAUAUAGAUUUCCAAGGAGACGUCGUAUUGAUAAAACAAUACCAGAAUAUCAGCAGCUAUGCCCGAGUAGAUCCCUUAUCCCUGAUUUUAGUUCCCCAGUUCCCGGGACAGGAACCCGGUACCUCAGUUAAUCCUGCAGGGUCUAAUCUUACUUUGACGUGUAAUUUGUAUGGUCCGAAAGUCAUAGUCGUUCAAUGGAAGUACGGCCAUUCUAGCUCUGAUGUCAAUAGUUUCACGUCAUAUCCUUUACAAAACGAUAUAACAGUUGCUGAACCUGUGCUGGUCAGUUCUGGGACAACCUGUGUCCAGUACCGUCAUACGUCAACACUGAAGUUUCAAACAGAAGACAUGUAUGAUGGCUACAUGUAUGUGUGUGUGGCUACAGAAGACAACAGAGACACAAUUGUUGGAUACAUGACGAUAUUCACAAAACCCAGUAGCUAUAGCUCUAUUUGAUCUUUUAGCAUUCAUUUAUCUGUUUUGAUUUCGUUUAAUUUAUAUUCUAUUUUGUAAAUUACAUUUGUGUUAUGGGUAUAUGUUUCU